AUGGCGACGAAUGUCUCUAGUACGAAAGCUUCUACAACGGAUUCGACAACAACGUCUCCUCCGCCCACUCCCGUCGACGGCGACUGGAGUAGAUGGAGCAGAUGGAACGAAUGCGAUCAGCCAUGUGGGGGUGGAGACCAAACUCGUGUUCGUCAGUGCGACAACCCUCGACCACAAAACGGCGGACGAAGCUGCUCGGGAGAAGAUAAACUCACUAAGCGAUGCAACACGCAACCGUGCCCUCCCGGUGCUAUUAAUGGCGGUUGGGGCAACUGGGGCAGAUGGACGCAAUGCUCGAAAACGUGCGGCGGCGGGCACCAAGUGAGGGAAAGGCUGUGCAACAAUCCGCCUCCGAGCAAUGGAGGAAUGAAUUGCCUAGGCGACAACGUCAACAAAAGCGAAUGCGAAAUGCAAUUGUGCCCACUUUAUGUGGUGAAGGGAACGGUGAAAGAUGCUACGGAUAAUAAUCCAAUCAAGGAGGCGUCCGUUACGUUGGCUGGUCAUACUACACUGACUGAUGAUAAAGGAGAGUAUUUGCUGAGGAAUAUACCGGGGGGAACUAAGACGUUGGUGGCUAGUGCGUCGAAAUAUGCGAUUAACUCUCGACGGAUUCUCGUGCAGAGCAGCAUACCGAAGGGAGCAUCGGAUAUACUGCUGUCGCCGAUUAUUGCUAAAGAUGCUUUUCGUGUUGUGUUGACGUGGGGAGACGAUCCAGUCGAUCUCGAUCUCUACGUAUUAACACCAUACAGAGGCUGUCGAAUCUACUACAACAACCUCAGAUGCAAAGGAUCGGGCGACAGCAAAUUCGAAGGAGACCUGGACGUCGACGAUGUAGACGGAUUCGGACCGGAAACCAUUACACUGAGAGAGCCGUAUUGUGGUGACAAGUAUGUCGUGUAUGUUGGUAUCUUCAGUUCGGGGGCUGAUCCGAAGGGAAGCUUCACGACGAGCCAGGCACGUGUUCAACUCUUCAACAGCACGACGCUCGUCGAGACGGUGCAAGUGCCGGUGAGCGGUUACGAUCGGUUGUGGCAGUUUUGGCACGUGCUCAAUAUCGAACCCGGAAAGAAGGGGAACGUUCCGUACACGUUGGUCAACAAGGUGCGGAGCGGGGCCCCCGCAAGGAGUGUGGCGAAUCAGAUGAGCAUCAGUGAUCGAGCUCGAGCGUGCAGAGUGAAAGCAGACAGCGGUGGAUCUAGUGACAGCGAUUCUGACGAUGAAUAGAAAUUUACAAUUUUAGAGUAUUUUAGUGUAACGUGUGGAUGUAGGUAUAGAGACGGGUACACGUGUACAAGGAUGCGUAUUGAAAUUGAUCGGAUUUUAGUGCCAUAGAUAGACUCGAUGACAGAAAGUGAAUUAACACGAAUGCUUAUGUUUUAUUAGCGCAAAUGAUUAUGAUGUAAAGCUACGUAUUACUAUAUUAUUAUUA